AGUGACGUCAGAAGAGGCAGGUCCCCAGCGGUGCAGGUGGAAAGGGCUCCCGAGAGCGGCUGGCGGAGGCAGAGCGGCUGCUUCUUAAAGGGCGAGGAGUCCUUUAACUCGCCCCUGACUCGCUGGGCUGCUCCGGGCCUGCUUUGCAAAAGUGACCGGCUCAGAGUCUGCAGAUAAAACGACCACUUUGGAGAGUUGGUGGAUUCUGUGAUCUAACUGGGCCAGCGCUCUCCCAUUCUUGCCUCCGCUACUUUUCUCUUUUGCUUGAACAAGACUGCCGAUUUAGGGGGCAAACUGGUUUCUUAUGACACGAGCCUCUUGGAGAAGCCUAAUUUACCUGUUGCGUUGUGAAGAAUUAUGAAUAUGGCAGUUGUAUAUGCAGAAGGGCUGAAACAUACAAGAACCAUGACAACUGAAAAGAGUUUAGUGGCAGAGGCUGAGACUCCUAAGCAGCAGCCGGCAAAAGAGGAGGAGGUAGCUGCUGAAACAGGAACACAGGAAGCUUUCUUGGAGAAAGCACCUGAGGGGGAUAAUCAGUCAAAGAAGAAGCUAAAAGCAUCCAAUGGUGACACGCCUACCCGAGAGGACCAGAGCAAGAACAAAGAGCGCACUUCUGAAAGUCGGGGCCUGUCACGCCUGUUUUCAUCAUUCCUCAAGAGGCCCAAAUCUCAGGUCUCUGAGGAAGAAGGUAACGAGGCAGAAACAAAGGAACUUGGUGAAGGAGGCCAGGAAGAGACGGACCUCGAUCUCAAUGAGGAGAUUCUUCUGAAAGCCCCAAUAGCAGCUCCUGAACCUGAGCUCAGGACUGACCCAUCUUUAGAUCUUCAUUCAUUGAGCAGUGCGGAAACACAGCCUGCUCAGGAAGAUAGGAGAGAAGAUCAAGAUCAAGAUCAAGAUCAAGAUCCAGAAAAUAGAGAUCUUGAAAUUAAGGAAGAAGGAGAGCAGGCAGAGCAGGUGGACGAAAAAAAGGAGAAUACCAAGGUGAAAGCAGACAAAGACUUAAAAGGUUCUCAGAAAACAGCCAGAAGGCCCAGAAACAACAUGCACUGCAAGAUUAUUUUGCUGGAUGACACAAUUUUUGAGUGUUCCCUGGAUAAACAUGCCAAAGGGCAGGAUCUUCUUAAGAAAGUAUGUGAUCACCUCAAUCUUUUGGAAGAAGACUACUUUGGACUGGCCAUCUGGGAUACUCCAAGCUCCAAGACAUGGUUGGAUGCUGCCAAAGAGAUAAAAAAACAAGUUCAUGGAGGCCCAUGGAAUUUCACUUUCAAUGUCAAGUUUUAUCCUCCAGAUCCAGCACAGCUGACAGAGGACAUAACAAGGUACUAUUUGUGUCUCCAGCUAAGAAAAGACAUUCUCACUGGACGGCUUCCUUGCUCCUUUGCUACAUUAGCUUUGCUGGGUUCUUACACAAUCCAGUCAGAACUAGGAGACUUUGACCCAGAUCUUCAUAGCCCAGAUUAUGUCAGUGAAUUCAAGCUCGCCCCAAAUCAGACAAAGGAACUGGAAGACAAGGUCAUGGAACUACAUAAGACCUAUAGAUGUAUGACUCCUGCUCAAGCUGAUCUGGAAUUUCUUGAGAAUGCCAAAAAGUUGUCAAUGUAUGGAGUUGAUCUUCAUCACGCCAAGGACUUGGAAGGUGUGGAUAUUACUUUGGGAGUCUGCUCCAGUGGCCUUCUUGUCUACAAAGAUAAAUUGAGAAUCAACCGUUUCCCUUGGCCCAAAGUGUUGAAGAUUUCCUACAAGCGCAGCAGCUUUUUUAUCAAAAUUCGACCUGGUGAGCAUGAACAAUAUGAAAGUACAAUUGGAUUCAAGCUUCCUAGUUAUCGGGCAGCUAAGAAACUGUGGAAAGUUUGUGUUGAGCAUCAUACAUUUUUCAGGCUAACAUCCACUGAAGCAAUUCCCAAGAGCAGGUUCCUGGUACUGGGUUCUAAAUUCCGAUACAGUGGUCGGACACAGGCACAGACAAGACAAGCUAGUGCCCUGAUUGAUAGACCUGCACCACAGUUUGAACGGACAGCAAGUAAACGGGCCUCUAGAAGUCUUGAUGGCGCUAAACGUGGCUCUCAAAAAAUAGAGUUCAGACCCGUAGAGGAGGAGAAGCAGGAGGAUGUGGUGUUGGUUGGGGUUCCGGAAUCAGAACCUGUGGAACAAAUUCGAGAGAAGCCAGCGAAAGAUACGCUUGAGAAUUUUGAAAAAAUAGUGACUGAGGAAGAGCUGAAGUUUGAAGUAUUUAAAGUUCCUGUUCCAGAAACAAAAUUAGUGGAAUCAUUAGAAAAACAGUCAGCCAUACAUGUUCUUGAAAAAUUUGACAUAAGCCCAAUAAAAGAAGAGGAGAAGGAAGAAAAAGCAAUUGUGGUGCAGAAUCUAGAACAAAAACCGCUAUUACUUGAAACAGUUCAGGAGGAGUCAGCAGUAGCAGUGGUUACACCAGACCGAAGCCCACGGCCUACAUCUGCGCCAGCUAUUGCUCAGAGCCAUGUAACCGAACCAGCUCCUCCAGUUGUAUCUGAAAGCAAGGAGCCAGCGGUCACUAAAGCUGAGAAGGAGAGAAAAGAGGUACAACACGAACAAACUCUGCCAGAGAAAACCAAAACAGAGCCUGCUGAAGGAUCCCAGCAGCAUGCAGGAAAAGAGGAAGAACCAAUAAGAAUGAGGAAGAAAAGAUCAAAGAGACUAGAUGGUGAAAACAUUUAUAUAAGACAUAGCAAUUUAAUGUUGGAGGAUCUAGAUAAACCUCAAGAGGGGAUAAAGAAACAUCAUGCUAGCAUUAGCGAACUGAAGAAAAACUUUAUGGAAUCUGUCCCUGAGCCACGGCCAAGUGAAUGGGACAAGCGCCUCUCAACACAUUCUCCCUUCAGGACCCUUAACAUCAAUGGACAGAUCCCUACAGGAGUAGAAGGAGUCAAGCAAGCCACAUUUCAGUCCUAUGAGAGACAGGUUGGUGGGCCAGAGAGUGCGAGUGACUCUCCCUUCAAAGAGGAUCUGGAUGCAAUGGCAGAGGGGGGAAAUAUUACCUCUCACUUUGAAUGGGAGGUCUCAAAGCACUCAGUGGCCCUUAGUGAGAGCCCAAUGUCAAGCCCACAGGAGUCUGCACAUACUUGUGAAUCUGACACUUCUUCCGCAAGCAGCAAGGAGCAGGAGAAGCAGGGUGCUGCUGCUGCUGCUGCCGCUCUCAGUGAGAGCAAGGAAGACCUAAGGUGUGGAGAGGGAUUUUACUCAGAUGUGGAGAAAGAGGCUGAGGACUCAAAACAGGAUGAGAUGGAAGUCUAUAGAAUCUCUUCUUCACCUCCAUUGCACCUCCAUGAACAAGAGGAGGAAGCCUGUGAUGUUGAAGGGGGGAAAGGGGCAAGUGAGCCACUUAGCAAGCUAAAUGGAGAAUGUCACAGCUCAAGUAUUGAUAAUGAGUUUCCUGCCCUCAUUCGCUGUUUCCAGCCACCCCUUGUGAAGACUCAGACAGUUACUAUCUCAGAUGUGUCGAACACUGUGAAAAGUGAAAUUCCAACGAAAGAAGUUCCUAUUGUCCAUACAGAGACCAAGACUAUAACUUAUGAAGCUGCACAGGUACCGACUGAUGAUGGCAGUGGGGAUUUAGACCCUGGAGUUCUGCUAAGUGCUCAGACCAUCACUUCAGAGACCACCAGCAGCACUACCACUACCCAGAUUACAAAGACUGUGAAAGGUGGAAUUUCAGAAACACGAAUUGAAAAAAGAAUUGUCAUCACAGGAGAUGCAGACAUUGAUCAUGAUCAAGUUCUGGUACAGGCCAUCAGAGAAGCAAAGGAGCAACACCCAGACAUGUCUGUGACCAAGGUGGUUGUCCACCAGGAGACUGAGAUUGCAGAAUAAAUAGCAAGACCAGCUACAUAUAUUAUCAGGCGAUGUCUGUUUCAGUCUGCGAAGGCCACCCGAAAUAUACCAGCAAAACUACAAGGAAGCUACCUUGGAGCACCAUGACCUCAAACUUGCCAGAUUUACUCUCAGUCAAACAUUCAAUCAUUUAUUACUAGGAAUUUGUGCUUUUUGAUGUUUACUUGGGAUUCUCCUUAACACAGUGGAUCCUUUUUGAUUAUCAUUUUUAUAUUGUGACCGACAGUAUGCCAUACUUUUCACAGUACUGAUUUUUUUUUUACAGUUUUGCGAUCCCCCCCCUUUUUGCAUUUUUUGCAUUUCCUUUCCCACCACCUUUUCUGGAUCUGUAUUAUGAAGUCAGAGGCCCCCACAAAAAGAACAUGUAGAGCUUAUCGAAAGUGAUUGCCUUUGAUUGAACUGCAUUGCCCUUCCUCCUCCUUUUCCUCCUCAGUUUGUAUUCUCACAAAACUUCAAACAUGUUGUAGUGUAGGGGUCUCAAUGACCUAGAAGUGACCCCUCUUGCCUGAGAAGUCAGCAAAACACUUGUGCAAUGCUUUGUCUUGGCUCUUGUGGAUCUGAGAUAUAUUCAGAGUUUCCUAAUCACAGCUAUUUUAUAUAUGCCAGGUGCAAAUGUGCCUGCCCUCUUUUCCUCUGGAUUUCCCUUGCUUUUGUUGGUUUGUCAGCCCCUUAGAUGCUUGAAUAUAGCAGGAGGUUGUGGUAUUUGCACAGGAAUUUCAGUAGUAGUCUAGGUUCAGGAAUGAUGGAAAUUGCUUCACCUUUUAUACUGUGAAUUCUAGAGGUUUUAAUCAAUUGUGACAAGGCACCAUGUUUUUCCAGCUCUCUCCUUUUUUCUUUUUUGCACUCCUUGGAAUACUAAAUCUCUUGUAAAUUCUAUCUCCUAUCCCCCCCUUUUGUUCUCCAUUAAAUUAAGCCUAUUAGAAUUGUGUGUUUAAGAGGUGUGGGCUCUACAUGCUACGAAAUAGGCUGUAAUUUGCAACAAUAGGGUGGGAUGUUCAUUUCUUUUCUUUUUUCUCCUUCCCAAUUGUUUGUGUUUUGAGUUUUUGUGGUUUUGAUAGCAUAGUUUUAAAAUCAUAUUGGUUUUUAAAGCGCUAUUUAAUCUUGACACACUGGCAACAUAUCACAGGAAGGGAUAAAUGAAGCACAAGUCAUCCCUUAGAGACAAUCCAGCAUUCCUAAAUCUGUAUUCUUUAAGCAGGCAAUUACAAAGGCAUCAUCAGUAUUGUAGAUUGUUUCCAAUGAUUGCUGUUAAAAACUAAGCCUGUACAUGUUGCGAGUCACUUAAUGCUCCUUAUAAGACAAUAUAAUAGUUCUUCUUGGGCACAGUCCAUAGAGCAUACUACUGUUGCACCUCCUUCCUUUGAGUCAUUGAGGUCAUACAAAACUUAUUGCAUAAGGAUGCUGAAAUGCAAUGGUGGCUGCUCCGUUGCUACCAUGCUAAAUGAAAUAACAAACCCCAGGAUUGGCUGCAGUUCUCAGGAUCUUAACCUAGGUGUGUUCUGAUUGGCUAUCACAAGAGAAUGUUGAAUGCCAUAAAAAAAAGGAUCCAAAUCAGAACAAGAGCAGAUUUCUCUGUGUGGGUUUGUUUUUACCCAAAAUAACUUUAUCUCCUUAUCACUUUAAAAGUACAUUUUUAAAACAAACAAGGUAGUUGGUAUCAGUACUCUUAACUGGGAAGCAGUUUCAUUUCCUUUAAAUGUUUUCCCUAUGUAGGAAGAAUGAGAGGGUUCCAAAUUGGGAUGCAACAUGUUCUUCACAAAUAGGAUGAACUUCCUCUCCAUGCUUAGUUGAAAGAUUUCCUUGGCAACACUAAAAACUGCAGGCUUGUUCUUUCCUUCCAGCAGCAUGUGAAAGUUCUGUAGAAUUGUGAUUUUCUGAGAGGUAUGAAGUGCACCACCUAAUAGCUGAGGGAUGGGAUGUGGGCUGAUUCUGUCAUUUAAGUGAAGAGGAAUGAUUUCUGCUGUUUAAAGAAAAUUUACAGAAAACAAGGACACACAUUUAAAAUAAUCUUAUUUCAGUGAAAACAAGCAGUUGUGUGGAAGCUAUAUUAUCAUACCGCAUCUUUACUUUCCCCCUCAGAUUUGAGUAGGUUUCAGUUAGAGAGUUAAUACAGUCUUAUUUAGAGUUUGAAAGCAUUAUGGACAUGUAAGAGUUUAGCACUGCUCAAUCAGCUUUGCUCCAAUGUGCUCUGGAGUCCCGUCAGCCACAACAAGCCUACAGGGGUUGCCAUCUGAUGCACUUAGCCGGGAGUAAAGCCCAACUGGAAACAAUAGACUUCCUUCCAAGUGAACAAACUUGGGCUGUAAUACUAUUUGUGGGUUUCUAUAUGCCCUUUUCUUUACAAAUAGAACUAAUGGGCUACCUUCCUAAAAAUCUUAGACUGAAUUUUUCUUUAAAAAAAUAACAAAUCAACCCAUAGCACUUAAAAAUGUAUUUAUUGUGGAAGACAAUUUUGGUUGUGUCACUUUCUUUGUGCGUAAUUCUUCUGCAGCUUCCUUUUCCUCUGCUAUUAAAAGCUUUACACACCAGCUAUAAGAUAGCUCCAUAAUUCUAAAGAAGGCAUCUUUAUCAAAUCUCAAACCUUACUACAAGUGCAGCGCUGUUACACAUUUAUUAAUGGAAUUAUUGCUUUUCAAUAGGUUAUUUGAAGGUAUGUCUUGUCCUUCCUUGAGCAUGAUUUUUAACUUUUUGUAUCCUGGUGAAGUCCUGUUCUGUUUUAAAACUCUACUUUCAGACACUUCUUUUGCAUGAAGUUUAGAUUUCCCAUUAAACAGGAAUUUAUUCUUAUCUAAUCAGGGGCAUGCUUCUCAGAUUGUCCCUUUUCCUGACCACUGACCCACCUAUUGCUUUUCCAGUUUAAGAGCUCUCCACCCCUUGUGUGGCUCCCAAAUCCACCCAUGCAGGAACCUCAUCCAGCAGACACGUUGCCCCUCCCACUGGGGGGUGAUUCAGACUUUCCAUACACCCCCAAUGCUCUCCUGUCCUAUGUGGACAUCUGACAUUAACAUCUUUUGCACAUCCCCAUCUUUCCCUCCAGGGUGUAAGUAUUUAGCAUUGCUUAAAAAUCCACUCAAAUCUCAAUCAUUCAGAAUCAUAAGGGAAGAAAGCAAGUGAGAGAAACAAUCCUAGGAGGAGACAAAUGCAAACGGGCAGACAUAACUCUGAAGGUAAAUUAUUAAGUAAAUAACUCAUUGAGGGUCACCCAAGUUUCUUUUUGAAAUAGUUUUUUAAUCCAUCACAUAUCCUCUUGGCAAAAGUCUAAGGCAUUUAGGACUAACAGCCUUAGGUGAUAGAAUUUGGUCUUGCUUUGUCUGAUGAAUAGUAAGCUUUCCAUCUCCAACAGAAGAUCCUUUACCUUCCUUUAGGUUCAAUCAAGACAGUAUGUUCUCUGCACAAAACGGAAGAAAAAAGUCUGCACUGAAGUAACCCAAUUCUGUGGCAAGAAAUGCUGAAUUCCGCUACUUGUAUAAAUUAUGCAAAUCAAGCAGAUUCAUAUUACCUUUGUGCCAUGUAUUUUGCCAUUUACUCUCACACUAUAUAAUUUCUGCUUCUGAUCAUUGUAGGGAGAGAAGCACAAUGCUUUUACAAGGUACUCCCUUCUUUAAUGACUAGAAAACCUAUUCAACGAUUCCCCCGGUUUCUAGAUUUCAGCAGACAUUACCCGCACACUUGUAAACUUAGCGUUAAUAAAUCCAGAAGCUUGCUUUAAAAAAUAAAAAAUACAUUUUUAUUGGGCUUCUUAGAAAGCUAAAUCACAACAAUCCCCCCCCCCACAGCCUUCAAUAUGCUACCUUGGCUAUAGGGAAAACUUUUUCUUUAGCGUCUGGGCUUAAAAAUAGCCACUGACAUGAUUACCUGUGGUAAGGAAGGAGCACCUGGCUACCAGGCAGAGAGUACCCUUUGUCAAUAGACAAAGUUGGUUCUUUUCCAUUUCAGGCUGCUUAUGUGCCAUAAGUAACCCACAUACGCAUGGGCAGACAGACUAGUGGAAACAAAACAAAUUUCUUUUGAACUAUACUUGCUGAGCUGGCUUACCUUUUCAAGCUGGGUGCUGAGAAGGCCACUUAGAACCAGGAUGAGGAAUCGGUGGCCCUCAAGAUGCUGUUGGACUCCAACUCACAUCAGCCCCAGCCAGCAUAGCCAGCGCUCAUGGGAAUGGUAGUCCAGCAACUUCUGGAGGGCCACAGGUUCCCUAUCCCUCAUUUAGGACUGAGAUACCAGAGAUGCAUCCCUCUGAUUUAUCUGCCAUCAACAUGGGGAAAUUGCUGUUUCUUGUGAGUGGGCUGCUGGCACCCUCAAACCCACCACCAUCACAUUAAUUGCCUGUAGAAUAAAUUUGGUUUCUAGAGGUCUUCGGAAUUCCUGGGGGCCAGUGCUACCAUUAGGGGCAGUAAAUGAAAUAUGGUCUAUUUAUUUAUAUGCUGAGAUUGCAAUAUGUUCCCAGUAACUUCCUCCCUCAUCUAUGAGAUUAUCCGGAAACUGUCUUAACUGUAUAGUAAAUGAAAGCUAUUUAUGUAUGAAUGUGUGUACAGAAGGAAGGGCAGCAGGAUGGUAAUCUAUACUGACCAAAUUGGGAAUAAAAAAAAUUGCAACUUCACUUGCCAGACAGAAGUGGGCAACCAGCAAUUAAAAGUUUUCUGGGUUUUAUUUGGGGGAGUGUUCAUAAUCUGUGCUUUGCCAUUUUCCAAUAAUGGACAAUUAAAUAUUUGUGUUCUGACAGGGUUUUUGUUUUUUUACACAUUCAGUCACAAAUUAUUUCACUGCAGAUAUGAAGGAGCUUUGUAAAAAAUUUAAGACAAUGGUGAAUUGUAUAGAAUAGCCGAUUAUUACUUUCUUUGGGGGUGGGAGAUAGGAACAGAGGAAAAAAAAGUAAAUCUUUAUAGCUUAAGUAGCUGUUAUUUUGAACUUUUGUAGUCAAAGGGAAAGUAGAUGUAGCAUUUAGACGUGUUCAAUCUUGCUACUUGUAUUGCAUUUUUUUCAAUAAAUUUUCAAAUAAAAGAUGGCAUUUCUGGUUCUUCUUUGAAGCUCUACUUUGCCAGCACAUUCUGAACUCUUAAAUAUUGUUGCAUCUUAAUUAUUUUAGUUUAUCUGCACAUACAGCUUGAGCAAGGGUGUUUGCUGAUAGCACUGUAAUAAAGACUGAGAAUUCUUGGAAGUUGGAUACAUCCAAUUCCUGGGUCAACAUGGUAGAUUUAAGAUCCUUUAUGGUAUAAUAUAUUUAUUUUAAAAUAAAUAUUGCUUGGAGACAUUUUAGGUAACAAGCAACUAAUAAUAUUAUAAAUAAAU